CUUUUUUCUCGUUGGAACACAUGCUCUAUGAGGCACCCACCCUGUGACCCUAAAGAUUAUAUACCUCCAUAUCCAUAUACAGAGUGCUUCAUACAAGCAAGCAUGGCCGAAUCUGCCAAGAAAGAGUUGCCACCGAAAGCUGUCCAAGAGCUGGUCAUCAAUGGCGACCAACUUCCAGAAAAGUAUAUUCACAAGGGUGGCGACGGUGGAGUCCUAGAUGUUCCACUGGUCCAGAUUCCGGUCGUCGAUCUUGCUUUGCUCUCAUCUUUCUCAACCAGCACAGAAGAGCUCCUGAAACUUCGAUCAGCUCUAAGCUCAUGGGGCUGCUUCCAGGCAAUAAACCAUGGUAUGACAUAUGCAUUUCUAGACAAAGUUCGUGAAGCUGCGAAGCAAUUUUUCGAUCUUCCAAUGGCAGUGAAGAGAAAAUACUUGAGAGAAGUUGAUGGCAUGGAAGGGUAUGGAAAUGACAUGAUCCUCUCUGAGCAACAGACGCUUGAUUGGACUGACCGAUUGUAUCUUACUGUAAAUCCACAAGACCAGCGCAGGCUCAAGUUUUGGCCUGAAUCUCCAGAAGAUUUUAGGGAUAUUCUAGAUGAUUAUACCAUCAAGUUGGGAAAAGUAACUGAAGUAGUCCUUAAGGGCAUGGCAAGGUCACUGAUCUUAGAGGAUGACUGCUUUUUGGAGCAAUAUGGUAAACGACCAACAAUGACUGCAAGAUUCAACUACUAUGCAAAAUGUCCAAGGCCAGAUCUUGUCCUUGGGCUCAAACCACAUGCAGAUGGAUCAGUAAUCACUAUUCUCUUGCAAGACAAAGAAGUGGAAGGCCUUCAGUUCCAGAAAGACAAUCAGUGGUUUAAAGUUCCAAUCAUUUCUGAGGCCCUUCUUAUUAAUGUUGGUGAUCUAGCAGAGAUAAUGAGUAACGGAAUAUUCAAGAGCCCAGUACACAGAGUGGUGACAAACUCAGAAAGGGAGAGGAUUUCUUUGGCUAUGUUCUGCACUCCAGAACCAGAAAAUGAGAUUGAACCUGUUGAUGGGCUAGUGAAUGAGUCAAGCCCAAGAUUAUACAAGAAGACGAAAAAUUAUGUUGAUAGCUAUUUCCAGUACUACCAGCAAGGGAAGAGACCAAUUGAUGCAGCUAAGAUUUAAUUUGUGUUGUCCUAAUUUCUUGUGGUUUGUACCUAAAGAUGAUUGCAUUGGAUUUUAAUGGACAUAAUAAUGGCAACAGCUUGAUGGCAGUUGAUCUGAGGAAAUGUAACCAAAUCCUUGAGCAUCUGUGGAAAAUGUUGAGGAAGAUUUUUUUUUUUUUUUUUUGGUUUCUCUUUUAUCUUUGGAUACAGGUUAGUUUUUGUAUUUCCAACAAUUAUGGUACCAAAAAUAAGAAGAAUUUAUUCAUUUUUAUCAGAA